UGUGCCUUUAAGAUCUGUCACAGCCCCCUUUCAGAUCCAAGUGACUGCAUUUCAAACUGACACAGAAGCACUGAGAGCGUAGUCCUGAGUUACUUUACUACCUUCUGUUCUCUCUCUCUCCUCUCUCUCUCUCUCUCUCUCUCUCUCUCUCUCUCUCUCUCUCUCUCUCUCUCUUUCCCUCUUUUUACUUUGUUGAUAGCCCUGGUAGGGGCCUUUUGUUACGUCCCCAGCCAAUGAAAGCUUUUUACGACAGAGAACAGUUGGGAUAUAAAAAGGAGUCCCUUUGCCUAGUGCAUGAUCUGUGGUUGCCUACCCCUCCCCUAUAGAGACCUGCAGAAGGCAGCUGUGAUCUUUGCAGCAGCAAUACAGCCAGCACUGGACACUCUCAAGUCAAGAAAUGCUGUCUCAGCUUUGCCCUCUGUUCCUCUGCAUGCUUGUCCUGUCUUUGGAGUUCUUCAAAAGCAAAGGAGAGACUAUGUUGCAGAAGGGAUCUCUGCAGGUGGAGUUCACAUUGGGAGAGAGUGAGGAGCAGGAGUGCCCCAUGUGUACGUGGAGGAAACACAGCAAAGAAAUGAGAUUGGAGAGCAUCAAAUCCCAGAUCCUGAGCAAACUUAGGCUGAAAGAAGCCCCAAACAUCUCCCGGGAAGUGGUGAACCAGCUGUUGCCCAAGGCACCCCCUCUUCAGCAGAUACUGGACCAGCAUGAGUUUCAGGGAGACUCUUUCCAGCACAACACUUUCCUGGAGGAGGAUGAGUACCAUGCCACUACAGAGACUGUCAUAAGCAUGGCACAGGAAACCGACCACACAGUAAGAAUAGAUGGGAACCCACACUGCUGCUACUUUAACUUCAGCCCAAAGAUAAUGUUCACCAAGGUGGUAAAAGCACAACUCUGGGUAUACUUGCGGCCAGUUCAGCAUACCUCUACAGUGUACCUUCAGAUUCUACGUCUUAAGCCUGUGACUGAAGAAGGGAGUAAACAUAUCCGUAUCCGAUCCCUCAAGAUUGACCUGCACUCCCGCUCAGGGCACUGGCAGAGCAUUGACUUCAAACAUGUACUGCAGAACUGGUUCAAACAACCACAUAACAAUUGGGGCAUUGAGAUUAAUGCCUUCGACCCCAAUGGAAAUGACCUGGCCGUUACGUCUCUUGGACCAGGGGCAGAAGGACUGCAUCCCUUUAUGGAGCUUCGUGUUAUGGAAAACAAUAAAAGAUCAAGGAGGAACUUGGGGCUUGAUUGUGACGAACAUUCCACAGAAUCUCGCUGCUGUCGCUACCCACUUACUGUAGACUUCGAAGCCUUUGGCUGGGACUGGAUUAUUGCCCCCAAACGCUACAAAGCCAAUUACUGUUCUGGCCAGUGUGAAUACAUGUUCAUGCAGAAGUAUCCACACACUCACCUUGUGCAACAAGCCAACCCAAGGGGCUCCGCUGGGCCAUGCUGUACCCCUACCAAAAUGUCCCCCAUAAACAUGCUGUACUUUAAUGACAAGCAACAGAUCAUUUAUGGCAAAAUUCCUGGUAUGGUUGUUGACCGAUGUGGCUGCUCUUAAGAUGCUGAAUGCUGCCCAUUCUCCCUCAAAUUCUCUUUCUCUCAAGGGUACAAACAGACCAAAAUUCGGGACUGGGGAUAGUGGAGUAUAAGCCUUCAAUGUCCCAUUCCCCUUACAGGUUAAGAUAGAGACUUAUCACUCUUUGCAUAUCAUUUCAUCUUAUAGUUCAGCUCUUGCCCCUUACAAUAACUUGUGUUAUCAAACUGUUAAUUAUAGCACCCAGAGCGUUGGGUUCCUAAACACCUAAAUAUCACAAGCAAGAGAUUAUACAGCAUCAAACACCAGUGUGUACCAUAUUGCACUAUAAAUCACAGGCCAGCCUUUUGCAAUAUCCAACUUAUUGUGCAAAUCAUUCAUAUGGGGUAAAAAGAACUGAAAUAAGCUUGGAAGAUUUUUCUUCAUUUUAAUCAUUUUAUAUGCAUUUCUAAUCCAAAAGCAGCAUUAAACAGCUGUCAGGUACAAAAGAGCCAAAAGUGUCAGAUGUUUUGUACUCAACAGCUGUUUUCUUUACAGUGCCCAAAACAUUGUACAUAAACAUUAUAGUGAUGUAGUGCUUUCAAUAUAUCACACUCUGGUCCAGUUGGUUGCAUUCAUUCACUUGCACUUGGGCACUUCAUCACUCACACUAAUUUUCAUGGCCUUUUACUUAAUAUUCACUGGAGUUUCCUUCCCUUAAUCCGUGUGCCUCGCCCCUCAGUCGGGACAGCAGAAGAUCAGGAAUAUUUUGGGAAGAAAUUGGAUGUAUCUUGUGCUUUGUGCAAUAAACAAAAUGAAACACAAAUAAUGAACACCAUAAAAAGCCCUAUUAAAUCUCACUAUGGUUUUUUUUAUAACAUAAUGCUUUCUGCUCUGACAGUGUAUGGGCUGCCAACAUAUCUCAGGCAGUGUGUAGACAAUACUUAUGUAGCUCACUAGAGAUGAAAUAACAAAUACCAGAUGGGGUUUCCUGGGCUGGUUCUAGACUGGGACAAAUAUGGCAGAUUCUCUAGCCAGCAAUUCCCUAGUGAGCGUAGAAAUGACAUAUAUAUAGUAUAUAGAUAAUCUUGUGUCUGUAUCAGAGGUAUCUAAAUGCUGUUGGGGCCACAGUUUCAGUUUCAUAGUUUUCUUAAAAGGAACCUGUCGCUAUCAUAAAAGGCUUGUUACAGUGUAUAGUAGGUUUAACAAAUCUGUUUCCCAAAUAGUCUUUAUUAUUUUUUUCUUACAGUUGUUUAUGUAUAUAUUGUAUUUAACAAUUUUUUUGUGAUUUCCUCAAUCUAUUUCCAAUGGUAACCAACACACCAUGCUGUGAGUCACAGACAGAUACCCACUGAUGUAACGGGUCAUUUCAGCUUGUGCCUACAACAUGCAGUGCAACAUGCAACAUAUAGUGCAGCAUACAAUGCUAUAGGCAGCAUACAACAUAUAGCGCUACAUGCAAUAUACAGUGCAACAUGCAACAUACUGUAUAGUGAAACAUACAGUGCAACAUGCAACAACAUAUAGUGCAGCAUGCAGUGCUAUAGGUAACAUACAACAAACAUACAGUGCAACAUGCAAUAUACAGUGCAACAUGAAACAUAUAGUGCAACAUACAGUGCAACAUAUAGUGCAACAUACCGUAUAGUGAAACAUACAGUGCAAAAUGCAACAUAUAGUGCUACAUGCAACAUAUAGUGCUACAUGCAACAUAUAGCGCAACAUACAGUGCAACAUGAAACAUAUAGUGCUACAUGCAAUAUACAGUACUACAUACAACAUAUAGUGCAACAUACAGUGCUAUAUGCAACAUAUAGUGCAACAAACAGUGCAUCAUGCAACAUAUAGUGCAACAUCCCUUGCAACAUGCAACAUAUGGUACAAUAUGCAACAUACUGUAUAGUGAAACAUCCCUUGCAACAUGCAACAACAUAUAGCGCAGCAUGCAGUGCUAUAGGCAACAUUCAACAAACAUACAGUGCUACAUGCAAUAUACAGUGCAACAAGAAACAUAUAGUGCAACAUACAGUGCAACAUGCAACAUAUAGUGGUACAUGCAAUAUACAGUGCUACAUACGACAUAUGGUGCAACAUACAGUGCUAUAUUGAACAUAUAGUGCUACAUGCAAUAUACAGUGCUACAUGCGACUUAUAGUACAACAUACAGUGUUAUAUGCAACAUAUAGUGCUACAUGCAACAUACUGUACAUUGCUACAUAUAUUGUAACAUGCAACAUUGUUAAAUCAUCUGCAGUAGGAAGGAGGUUGAGUAAAAACACUAAAAAAACAUUUAAACCAAAAUCAAGAAAUCAAGAAAACAAUAAUAAAUCCUAUUUGUAUUAAGGAAUUACUAAGCAUCUACUACAGUAGCCUUGGGUCUCUCCUUUCUGAUGCCAGCCCUGGGGAUUCUAUGAAACAGUCUGAGCAUUCUACAGCAAAUCGUUUCAUCCUUUUCAAAACCUCAAAGCAUUAACAUAAAGUCUGAUUAUAAUAUUAAUAAUGGGGUGCAGUGAGCAAGAAAGAACAAUUAAGCAACUUUUUUAUACACAUGAAAUUGAGGCUUCUCAGGGAUUGGGCUAACACCAGGUCUGAGUAAGGUUCAUUAUAACUUAUCUUGUUUUCAUGAUACUGGGUAUUUGUCAUAAAGAAUGAAAACCAUAAAUAUCUUAUAAACCUCUGUAUGCCCCUCUUGUAAAAAAACAGUACAGUAAUGUCUUCAUUUGUUUCAGUUUCAUCAGUCACUUCUCUAACAAGUCUUUAUCUCCCCUGUCCAGUCUUGCACAAUGCUCUUUGUAAGAAUGCAGCGUGAUGGAAGAAUUAAUGCUGGGAAGAGAAAGUCAUUCACAUUUUAUAAAUCUCACUGUUAGGCCUAAUUUUAUUCUGUAGGACUUUGCAAUGAUAAUUAGAAAAUAAAAAUGGUCGAAAUGUG